CCAUAUUCAUAUCUAUGUCUUUUCAUUUACUUGACAGCGGCGGUCGGCUUUAGUACAGUAUGUAUUUAAAAUUGCUACUUUCGAUCGUACUGUUUGUCAAUGUGGCGGCGCAAUCAGUGAUCCUGUAUGCAGACACGACAGACUUGUCAGCUGGUCAUUCACCACAUCUGACUUGUGACCAUUCCUACGACUCACUCGUCUCAUGGUGGCUAAAUGGACGAAUUGCUCUGAGAGCGACAGUGAACGGAGGAGAAUGCAUGACUAGCCCAACGAAACCACCUUAUCUGGCUGACUGUACGUGUGCAGUUACAGUGCACACAUGUACACUUAAGGACUUGUCCUGGUCUAACGUUGGUGACCAAUGGGCAUGCUCCAUUGGAACUUGGAAUGGUACUGAUAUAAAAAGUAACAUUCUGACAAUAACAGUGCCAGCUCCCAAAUCAGUGAACCUAUCUGCAGACACGACAGACUUGUCAGCUGGUCACCCACCACAUCUGACUUGUAACCAUGACUACUACCCGAUCGUCUCGUGGUGGCAUAAUGGAGGAAUAGCUCUGAGAGCGCAAGUAAACGGAGGAUACUGCCUUGAUAUCCCAACGAAUCCAGCUUAUCUGACCGAGUGUACGUGUUCAUACACAGAGCACACAUGUACACUUAAAAACUUGAGCAGGUCUAACGUUGGUGACCAAUUGGCGUGCUCUGUAAGCAAUUGGGAUGGUACUGUUAUAACAAGUAACAUUCUUACAUUAACAUUGCCAGCUCCCAAAUCGGUGACCCUAUAUGCAGACACAACAGACGUGUCAGCUGGUCACUCACCACAUCUGACUUGUCACCAUGACAACUACCCAAUCACCUCGUGGUGGCUUAAUGGAGAAAUAGCUCUGAGAGCGCAAGUAAACGGAGGAGACUGCCUGAUUAUCCCAACGAAUCCAGCUUAUUUGACCGACUGUACGUAA